AUGUCUGGUUAUAAAAGUGUAGGCCAGGCAAACGGAAUUGGAACCUCCAGUUUAAGAGUGGUUGUGUUUCUCCAGUAUUACCUCAACGAGCAAGGAGAUUGGGUCUACACGCUGAAGAAAUUUGACCUUAUGGGACAACAAACCUGCUCAGCCCAUCCAGCUCAGUUCUCCCCAGACAACAAAUACUUGCAACACCGAAUCACCAUCAAGAAACACUUCAAGGUGCUCAUGAUCCAGCAACCAUGCCCUGUCCACUGA